CCCGCAAGCUGUUCCGCCGAGAGCGGCGACACGAGCGGGGCACGGCCCAGCCCGGAGGUGGGCGCCGGCCGCGCAUGCGCUUGGCCGCCCCGCUCGACCGGAGGGGCGGCGGGCCGCCUCCCUUAGCGACGAGCUGACGCCAUGUGCGGGGCCCGGGGCUUGCUGCUGGCCCUGCUGCUGACGCGGCUGGCCGCCUGGAGCCUCGGCACCCCGCCUGCAGCCGCCGAUCCCGCCGCAGGGGCCACGCACCGGGCUACUCCGCGAAGCGGUCCCGCUCCACCGCCGCGCCGCCACCGUUCCGCCGCCGGCGGCUUCCCCGCCCGCCUUCUGCCGCCCGGCGCCCGGCGCUUGCGCGACCCCGUGGCCGCCGCCCCGUCGCGCCGCUCCGGCGGCAGCAGGUCUGUGAAUCAAGUGUGCGUGGAAAAAUCACUCAUAUUCAGAAGUAACACCCCUUAUCCUACUGAUACCAUUGCUGUCCCUGGUGGACGUGAUCUGCUGUUCUGUGUGCAGCUGGAUAACUCAAAUCUGAACUAUUUCCAACAGCCACAGGAUAUUAAAGAGUCUGAUUUUUUGAAGUUCUUUGAGAAGUAUGGCAGACACUCUUUCUUAGCACGAUCACAAGUCCAGCCAUCAUUCUCGGCCUUUUACCGGACCGGAGAUCCAAUCCUAAUCUACAUUGAUUCAUCAUCUGUACUGAGCACUCUUAGACAGCCAGUAAAAAUGGGAGCCAGUGGACUUUGUCUUGAUGGAAAUCCUGCUGGCUUCCUGGACAGUAAAAGCACAAGCUGUACUCGGAUUUUUGCCAACUUGAGUAAGAGCUGCAUUACUGACCCUGCCCUAGAUGCUGCCUCCUACUACCGUGACUUCACUGUGCUGAAGGUCCCAAUUAAUGACACCAUUGAGCAGUUCAUGAAGGUAAAGGUCACUGCAAUUGCACCACCUGGAGCUCCCCACAUGGCAGGCAACACAUGUAAAAAUGUUGUUUCUGAGGUGAUCUAUGAGAUAGAAUUCAGUGGCACACAUGGGAUUCAGAGUGUUUCUGUCCGGUUCAAAGUGAGCAACAUCUCUGGGAACCUAGGAUCCUCUCUGCAGCAGCACUUCACUUUGCAUUUCUGGACCAGGACUCUUUCUCAUGCGUUGCCUAGAAGUGGAAACCCUGGCUACAUCACCGGAGCACCAGUGUUGGUUGCAAACAGUGGUGCCGUGCAGCAUAUGAGUGUUUUACGGAGCAAAGGUGAUGGAAGUUGCUCACAGUUCCUCAGACACACAGUACAAUUUGGAAGAAAUAUGAGGACAGGCUGCAAGCUCAGCCUGUCCCCAAUACUGGAAGAAAGUAACUGUAGUUAUAUCCAGCAGAAGUUAUACAAGGCUCUUCAGGGCAUGAACAAAGCAGAGGACCUUGGUAUAACUGGCAGUGCUCAUUCAACGCAGGCAGAAGAGUGGACAACCAUUCUGAUUCAGAACUGCAGUGUACAGGCUGUAAAUUGCACUUCCUGUUGCAUGGUUCCUGUGACCCUGGAGAUACAGAUAUUGUGGACUAAGGUGGGCCUCCUGUCCAACCCACAGGCUCAAAUACUGGGUGCACAGUACUCUUAUCAGUGUCAGCCCCUGAAGUUCCUAAGCACAAGCACGGUACCUUUGACAACUGUCAUUACCUUCACUGACAUGACUGAAUGGCCAGAACCUCCACGAGGUCAGCCCCAAGUGCACUGGAAACUCCCAUUUGACAUCUUUUUCCUAUUCAAGGUGGCAGUGAAUUUGGAAAGAAGUUAUAGAGGUGAUCUGGUGGGCUAUUUUUUGUUGAUUCUAAUAAUAACUAGCAUUCUCUGCUUUUGAAAAGUCAAAUAGAUGGAGCCCAUACUUAAAAGUUCGGUAAAUGAAUUGAUACAUUCAGAAUAUGUUUCAGAUCAUAGUCUUUUCUCCUCAGGUUCUUACACUAUUCCUGUAAUAUCCAUGUGCCUUCUGUUCUUGGCUGAAACCACAUGACUAGCUUCUGUCCUGUGUCCUCUCAUGCCCCUAUUCUCCAUAUGCACCACCUGCAAACCUCACUGUAGUGAAACACUUGAGAGAUGGAGGGGUCAAGAGACAUUAGGUUAUACAGGAACGAAGAGGAGGAUGUGAAAAUGAAUAUUGCAUGUUCCCAGAAACCAAGAGUGCUUUUUAAACCAAGGGGGUAUGGAGAGAGAAGCAGAGUUCAAUCCAAACAUUUUGGGGCUGCAUUCAGUCAUCUUCCUGUUGGAGAAGCAUCUGAUUUUUCUACAUGGAACUAACUGAACAUUUAAAAUACAGGAGCCAACAUUUAAAAUACAGGAGCCCUCCCAGGCAGCCUGAAUUAUUAUUUUAUGAAUAGACAUGUCUGCCAGUCACCUGUUAUGUGGCAACCAUGCCUCUCUGACAGUUUUUGACUCUUCUAUGUUUUUUCAAAUACAGAUAUUCAAUUGAAGUUUUUGUGUUUUAAUUGGUUUACAUUAGCAAUUGUGUUGCACAAAGCAAAGUCAUUGUAGAUGUCCCAUCCUGUGAAAUAUAAUUGAAUUUUAGUUGUUUGUCAAGACAACUUCUUUCCUGAUCUUUUUUCUUCUUGAAGAAACAGGCCUGAAUAUGGGUUUUCCUAGAUCAGAAACAUUCUCUUGAAGCUCGAGAUAGGAACUGGACUGAUAAUGAUAGCCCCUGAAAGCUAGGUGGCACAUCAGAGAGCUGUGAACAGUCCUAAAGAAAAAAAACUAAUUAGGAAGAAUUUGUAGAUACAUUACGAGACUGAAGCUUCCUGCAAUACCUUACCCCUAGCUCAAUCUCUGGGACCAAAACGUAAGUUUAUUGGUUUUGAAGUUGAAGGUGAUCUGAUUAUCUACUGUGCCCCACUGCAUCACACAGGCUAAGGAAAUCCGCUCAAUCAUUCCAUGAAGUUUUUGGACAACAGUGUAUUUUUUUAGCAAGGGAUUUGUUAUUUACCCUAAAUUCUUCAGAUUAUGGAAAAAUCUGUCCCAUCUAAUGGGCAAGAAAAUCAGAGAAGUCUGGCCCACCUUUAACAAAAUGUGUUUGUUGAUUUUGUAUGUAUACUGUGUAUAGCAACUUUGCUGCUCUUUUUCAUUGCAAACUUAAACAGAAGAGUGUAAAAAUAAACUGAAGAACUUGUAAUUAGUCAAGAUAUCAGAGGAGAUAACCUGAAUUAAACAAAACCGUGUCCCAUCUAAUACAUGCAGUUUAUGCGAUAACUUCA